CAAUGAAUACAAUACACCGUGCAGCUGCGCAAAAUCGAUGCUUAACAUGCCUAAAAGUUUUCAAGAAUCAAAGUCAUCUCCGACGACAUGAGAGAAGUCACACGAACGAACCGUCGCACCAGUGCACCUCCUGCUCUCGCACCUUCCUCCGACAUGACGCUCUCCGACGCCACCUCAAAACAUGUCUCACGGUAGAGCAGUGCGAUGCGCUCCAUGCGUCUAAACGAGGCAGGAAGCCCCGCGCAUGUCAAAACUGCCAGUCAAAGAAGAUACAAUGCGAUAGGAAUCGACCUUGCAAGCGGUGCGCUUCAAGUCAAGUCGAUUGCUCUUAUGCAUUUGUGGAUGAUGGAGAUCUCGAGUCUUCUCAUGUACCAAUUACGUUUUUACGUAACUACACUGAUCCGCUCCUCGGAUCGGUUUCGGAUGCAUUCGUCCUCUCAGCUGCACAUGCCGAGCCCUUUGACGAGCUGGGCGAAAGCUUUACCAGCUAUAUGUAUGACGACUACAUGGAAGACCUCUUCUCUGGUGUGUUCUCAGACUUCUACCCAAAUGAGAGUGUUGAACCCAUCGAUUCGAUAAGGGCACCGAUUUCCUUCCUUUCUUCGCCUCUGAUCGAGAAACGCAAAGAAACAAUUCUGUCACUACUCGCAAAUCAGUAUAAUUCGGCCCAUGAUACUUUCAGGUUCCCGAGAGGCCAUUUUCCCGUAGAAUUAGCCAGAGCGGUGUUUACCGGCAACAACAUCGCAAAGUGUGUAACAGCAUUCUUUACCAUCUGCCAUCUAUAUGCACCGUUUGUCCACCGACCAUCUUUCGACAUCGAGAAAGUAUCUUUGCCAUUGUUAAUCGCAAUCACGCUUCUCGGUUCGGUUUGCGCUGCACCACAAGAUGAUGUCUUGUCUGCUCGGUACUUCUUUGAGCUGGGAGAAGAAUACGUAUUCAGGUUGCUACAUCAAGUAGGCACAGUCAGCGAUCAGUCAAAUGAUGAAAGCAUUGAGAUAGUACAAGCUGCCGUACUUAUGCACGCGUUGCAAAUGGACCCAAACGAUGACGGCGUUCGAUUGAGAAUACGAGCACAGCGAUUUCCUGCGAUCGUUGCUGCGUUGCGAAGGCUAGACUUAUUUGGGACCGUUCGCAAAGCCUACACUAGACUUGCCGACUGGGAUAUAUUCAUCGCCGACGAGGUGAAAAUUAGACUGGCGGCUAGGGUGUUCAUGAUUGAUUGUAUGAGUACUAUGUUCUUCAAGAGCCCUCCCCAGAUCACCGUUGCCGAAGUGUCUGGAGAUCUUCCAAGUGCUGAUGCUUUGUUCGAGGCUUCAUCGUCAGCUGAAUUCUCACAAGUCGUAGAUUCGUUUGAACCCUUUGAGCUCAGGACACGAAGCUUGAAGAACUUAGUCUCUUUGUUCUUGGGCGAUGAGUGGACCGGCCCAGAAGCUCCAAGUCUAGCCGUUAUUGGAUCAGAGCACCUAAUAUCACUCCUGUUUGCCUUCCACUCUCUCGUCUUUGUGUCUCGCACCGGACUGCUCAUACCAUCAACAUUCUCGAGCCUCCUCCGUGCCACAAACCGGUGGAAAGAAGUUUGGCAUCCCGUUUCUUCGAGAGAAUUGUCGACCGGAGGACGUCUCGUUGGUUUCGCAAAAUACGGUCUUGAGCUGUGGUGGCUCACACAAAAGAUCCUUGAACUAGCACCAUUCGAGGACACACAGAGUCGGUAUAUGAUAAGGAGGCCAACGGACUCUCUAAAGGAACUUCAUGACUUUAUUCAGCAGUAUGCAAAAAAAUAGCAAACUUGAGGAAUCUACCCCUAGCAGUAAGAAUUAGCUAC